CUCGCCGCCGAUUCCUCACCAGCCCUCCCACCUUCCCAGCGAAAACACCACCACACCUCUCCCCGUCGACGCAAGAAGCAGCAGCGGCAUCCAUGGCCCCCAAGGCGGAGAAGAAGCCGGUGGCGGAGAAGGCCGAGAAGACGACGGCGGCGAAGAAGACCAAGGCCGAGAAGCGGCCGCCGGCGUCCAAGGAGGGCGGCGAGAAGAAGGGCAAGAAGAAGUCCAAGAAGAGCGUGGAGACUUACAAGAUCUACAUCUUCAAGGUGCUGAAGCAGGUGCACCCGGACAUCGGCAUCUCCUCCAAGGCCAUGUCCAUCAUGAACUCCUUCAUCAACGACAUCUUCGAGAAGCUCGCCGGCGAGUCGGCCAAGCUCGCCAGGUACAACAAGAAGCCCACCAUCACGUCCAGGGAGAUCCAGACCUCCGUCCGCCUCGUCCUCCCCGGCGAGCUCGCCAAGCACGCCGUCUCUGAGGGUACAAAGGCCGUCACCAAGUUCACAUCCGCUUAGAUACCCUGCUCUUGUGUUUUCUCUGAAUGUGUUGAUUUCUCCUGGCUGUUGAUGAAUCCAUUGUUCGUUGUAGUUAGAUGUUCAGAGUGCAUCAUCUUGUAAUUUGUGACGACACAAAUGUUUCAGGAUCCGGAGGAAAUAGUAAUGGUGUUGCUUUGAUCUGUUU